AUGGAGUCUUUGCUGGAAGGGAUGCAAAGAAAUCAGCAGGGGAGUGGUGGGUUCUUGACCUCCUGCCAGGCUGAGCUGCAGGAGCUGAUGAAGCAGAUUGACAUCAUGGUGGCGCACAAGAAAGCUGAGUGGGAAGAACAGACACAGGGUUUGGAAGCUUGCCUGAGUGUUCGAGAGCAGGAACUUUCCUCUGCCAGGGCCGCUCUGCAGGAAAAACAGAAGGAGGUUGACAUGUUGCAUCACCAGGUAGAAGACAUGGAAAAAGCUAAACAGGACAUGGCUACAGAAUAUGAACAACAGCUGAAGAAAUUUCGAGAGGAGUUGUCCAGACUGAGGAGGGGCUAUGAGAAGCUGCAGAGCAAACAACGUAGAGAAAUCAGAGGAGAAGCUAGCAAGAGACAGGGGGAGGACGAGUCUGAAAUGAGCCGACUGACCAGGAAGCUGGAGGAAUUUCAUCAAAAAUCACUUGACUGGGAGAAGCAGCGCUUGCUUUACCAGCAGCAGGUGGUAUCGCUGGAGGCACAGAGGAAGGCUUUGACUGAGCUCAUGCAGACUCAGCUUACCAAUCGGACGAAGAUUCUGGAGUCGGUGGAGGUGGCUAGCCAAUCAGAAAUCCGGCAGUUAACCAGCAAGCUGGAGAGGGCCAAUGAUGCUAUCCGUGCCAAGGAGUUGGAGGUGGAGAGGCUUAACAGGAGAGCGGACGACCUGACUGAAAACAAUCGGAUGAUUCUGGAAGAUCAGCAAAGAGUUCAAGAAGAAUUAACGCAAUCCAAGAAAAUGUUAAAGGUGCUACAGGAUGAGAAGGUGGAACUUAGAGCCACCUUGCAGUCUCAGGAACAUUUCAUUGAGAGCUCCAAGCUGCACGAAGAACAGUUACAGAAAGAGCUGGCUGGGUUGACUGAAACUCUUCACACAAAAGAACACGUCAUCAGGGCCUUGGAGGAACGCUUGCAAGAGCAACAAUUGCCUUCUCCAGAGCUGGAGCAUAUACUGCUGCAGCUGGAUGUUGGCCAGAAGAAGGAACAGCACUUACUGUCAGAAGUGGAUCGUCUUAAGAACAGCCUGGUGUCUUCAAAUGCAAGGUGUUUGCAGCUGAGUGAAGAGCUGGAUGAGAAUAUCAAAGAGCUGCAGUCAAAAGAAGAACACCUUACUGAGUCGAAGGCAAAGAUUAAAAAGCUGAAAGAGCAGCGCUCUCAAGCUGAACAAACUCACAGCAGUGAGCUAGAAGGGAUGAAAAGGGAAAUCUCCAGGCUGAAGCAAGAGUUACACCAGCGGAACAUCACAAUUGCGUCUGCAAGUGACUCCACGUCAGACCUAGAACAAUGGCUGAGAACAAAGAUUGAAAGAGAAGAGAGGAAAGCGGUGGAGCACGGGGCAUUUUUGGUCCAGCUAGAAUCCUUGAGGCUGGAAAACCAUCGUCUCUCAGAGAUGUUGGAACAAACAGAGUUCGGUAUACUACAGGGAAAAGGUGUCACCAUAAGAGCGCUCAGUGAAGACUAUGCUCUUGAAAUAAAGGAAUUGAAAUCUGAGAACCAGCAAUUGCAGAAGGAUCUGGCAGAGGCCAGAGCAAAACUGGAGCUCACUCAGCAGGUCUGCCAGGAUGGGCCCGAGGGCACUGCUCAGCAGAUGCAAAGGGAAGAGCCCGAGGCCAGGGAUGUGCAGUACAGGACAAUUUGGGAAGCACAGCACAGACAUGAUGAAGAAGCAGCAAGUAUACAUUGCAUGCCUGAUGGGACUGUUCAGCAUUAUCAAAGGGAGUUCCAGAGUUGGGGGGCUGCUGAAACAGGAACUGUGACCCCUGAGAUGGGUGAGCUGCCUGCCCAGACCAGUAGGAAGAACUCCAUGGAGCCACUUGCUUUGGAUGCCUUGCUGGGGAUGGAUUCUUUGCUCCAUGAGCUGGAUGGAAACAAAGAUUUUGAAGACACAGCAUCUAAGCAGUCCACCUCGAAUAAUCAGAGAGAAUCUGUGCCUUUGUGUCCCGUGCCUACAGCUUCAGUUGGAUCAAUAGCUGCGAGAUAUGUGGAAGAGGAAGAUCGGAGAUCCCAGCGCAUCCUGGAGUGCCUAAAUGCUCACCUUGAGGAAAUGGAAGAAGAGAGUGAAAAGAUAGUGAGACGGUUUGGACACCAGGAGUAA